CAAACGGAAACCACGCCCAGCCUGCUGAAGCCCUCCAGUCCUAGUUGGACGAAGGCAUUGUCGUGGGCUGUGGCAGCGAGGCGGCAGCAUCAGGAUGCGGUGACGACAGCAGCAACUUGUCGAGUCCUUCUCAACACGCGCACCUGCUGAUGCGUGUCCGAGGCGAGAAGUCGGUUGCCGAGUCGUACAUCGACGACGUCCCGUACCCUGAAUUUCGUCUGCGCGCGCUCUCCCAACGGCAAGACACUUUGGCCGGGGACAUCCCCGGCGACAUGAUAUCCCUUUAUCGGUUCUGGUCUCAUUUUUUGGCCUGGCAUUUUGAUUUGGAGAUGUUUGAGGAGUUUCGGGCAUAUGCAGUGGCGGACGCCACGGGGGAGACCAUCAAUACAACUGGCCUCAAAAACUUGAUUGCAUACUAUGAAGCGGUCUUACAAGAGGACAACGAACACCCUCUGGACAACCUGGAGUCUCUCUAUGAAGAAGCGAAAAGGCUAGCCGCGACAGCCGAGAUCCCUUGAGAGGUAGCAUCUAGGUCGGUUACAAUGACGAGGAUGUUCUACGAAUUGGGAAUCUCUUGUUGGAAUUUCUUCGACAACAAGUUGUGAUGGACCUGCCUAGGUUGCGGUCGCUCGAUUCUCCAUCUUGGGCAAUGUCACUGAGCGCAU